AGCGUGGGAAAUUCUCCCGAUCUCGCAGCACCGGUUGGACGCCCUGACGGCACGUCGCGUGAGUGAGAAGUGUAAGUUUGCAUCUUCCGUGUGUGUAUAAGUAUCCUGAGCAAUAAUGAGCGAGUUACUACUGGCAAAGAAAGCGAAGACCACUUCGUUGAAACAGCUGAAGGAGCAUACUAUGGUGGUCGCCGACACUGGUGAUUUUGAAGUUAUGGACCAAUUUAAGCCAAUGGAUGCAACAACAAAUCCUACCUUGAUUCUUGCUGUUGCUAAUCAAGAGAAAUACGCAUAUUUAAUUGAAAAGGCUGCUCAGUAUGGUAAAAAGUCCGGAUCUACUUUAGAGGAGCAGGUCGAAGCAGCCCUUGAUAUCACCUGCGUCUUAUUCGGUAAAGAGAUUUUGAACAUAAUCCCUGGAAGAGUUUCCACAGAAGUAGAUGCCAGAUUAUCCUUUAACAAGCAAGCUAGCAUUGAGAAGGCAAGACAAUUGAUCGCUCUGUACGAGGAACACGGCGUGAGUAAGGAUCGAAUCUUGAUUAAGCUAGCUUCAACUUGGGAAGGUAUCCAAGCGGCGAGAGAAUUGGAGGAAAAUUAUGAAAUUCACUGUAACCUGACACUGCUAUUCUCUCUCGCGCAAGCUGUUGCUUGUGCGAAUGCGGGAGUCACUCUCGUUUCACCGUUUGUCGGUAGAAUUCUCGACUGGUAUACAAAAGGUUUGACUAAAAAGUUUUACGAAGCGAAAGAUGAUCCAGGCGUCGCCUUCGUGAAAAGGGUUUAUAAUUAUUAUAAGAAAUUUGACUACAAGACUACCGUCAUGGGUGCCUCGUUCAGAAAUGUUGAUCAAAUCAAAGAACUCGCCGGCUGUGAUUGUCUCACUAUAAGUCCGAAAUUACUGGAGGAAUUGGAAAAGAGUAACAAGCCUGUUGAUAAAGUUCUGAGCGUGGAAUCUGCAAAAAAGACCGAGUUUGAAAGAAUGGAAUUUGAUGAAGCGGAAUUUCGAUGGCUUUUAAACGAGGAUGAAAUGGCGACUGACCAAUUGGCCAAUGGUAUUCGCAAAUUCGCCAUGGAUACGUACAAGCUUGAAGAGCUGCUGCAAAAUAAAAUUGAAGCGUUAAGCAAAUAACAAGUGAACGAAAACAGUGCUUCUGAUGGUUGACGCAAUAUAUAUAUAUAUAUGUGUGUGUGUGUACAUACAUAUCCAUAUAUCAUGCAUACGUAUAUAUAUAUAUAUAUGUUCGUAUAUGUAUGUACUUACACAUAUGAAAACGUAAUAUAUCGCAAAUAUGUGCAAGUAUGCAUUCUUAUUGUUCAUAUUUGUAAAGUAGUGGACUUUUGUACCUGUGUACGAAAUAGAAAAAAAAAAGUUGAAAUAAACUUAUAUUUCUAGAGAUAUGUAUAAAAGAUACAACACACAUGUGUGCGUAUAUAUUUGUAUAUUUCUGAGAAAAUAAUUUGCUAUAAUUUUUUCAAAGUGUGAGAGGGACCAGCUACUUUAUUAAACUUGUCAUAGAAAUGUA